UAUAGGGGGCGCCAACUCCUUCGACAUUUUCUUUGUGUUUUCAUCUCUCGCCCAUUUCCCGGGAGCUCUUAAUUUAACGUUGCCUGUUUUAAAUAAACUGUUUCAUGAUGGCGGAAGACAGUGAAUCCGCAGCCAGUCAACAGAGCCUGGAGUUGGACGACCAGGAUACUUGCGGGAUAGACGGAGACAACGAGGAAGAGAAUGAACAUAUGCAGGGCAGUCCGGGAGGAGAGCUGGGGGCCAAGAGGAAGAAAAAGAAGCAAAAGAGGAAGAAAGAGAAGCCGAGUUCCGGGGGAACCAAGUCUGAUUCUGCCUCUGACUCCCAGGAGAUCAAGAACCCUGGUUUGCCCAUUCAGAAGCUGCAGGACAUUCAAAGAGCCAUGGAACUGCUUUCCUGCCAAGGACCAGCGAAGAGUAUCGAUGAAGCAGCCAAGCACAAGUACCAGUUUUGGGACACCCAGCCUGUCCCGAAGUUAAAUGAAGUCGUGACCAGUUAUGGACCCAUAGAGGCUGACAAAGAGAACAUCAGACAGGAGCCAUAUUCUUUACCUCAAGGCUUUAUGUGGGACACUCUGGACCUUAGCAAUGCAGAUGUACUGAAGGAGUUGUACACGCUGUUAAAUGAAAACUAUGUGGAGGAUGACGAUAACAUGUUCCGAUUUGAUUAUUCACCGAACUUCCUGAAAUGGGCUCUGCGUCCUCCUGGAUGGUUACCUCAGUGGCAUUGUGGAGUGAGAGUCUCCUCCAAUAAGAAGCUUGUUGGCUUCAUUAGUGCCAUCCCUGCAGAUAUUCGCAUCUAUGACACGAUAAAAAGGAUGGUAGAAAUCAACUUCCUGUGUGUUCAUAAGAAGCUGCGUUCAAAGCGUGUUGCUCCUGUGCUAAUCAGAGAGAUCACACGGAGGGUGAACUUGGAGGGAAUCUUUCAGGCAGUGUACACCGCCGGAGUAGUUUUGCCUAAACCAGUCUCUACAUGCAGAUACUGGCACCGUUCACUGAAUCCCAGGAAGCUCGUGGAAGUAAAAUUCUCCCAUCUGAGCCGAAAUAUGACUCUACAGAGAACCAUGAAACUCUACAGGCUACCAGAUAGCAUCAAAACUCCCGGUCUGCGGUUGAUGGAGAGGCGGGACAUCCGGCAGGUCAAGGAGCUGCUCCACGAAUAUUUAAGACGUUUCCAGCUCGCACCUUCCAUGGGGGAGGAGGAAGUGGCUCACUGGUUCUUACCACAGGAAAAUAUCAUCGACACUUAUGUCGUCGAGGGUUCAGGUGGUGUUCUGACUGACUUGGCUAGUUUCUACACUUUGCCUUCAACUGUGAUGCAUCACCCCCUUCACAGGAGUCUAAAGGCUGCUUACUCUUUCUACAAUGUUCAUACACAAACCCCACUACUGGACCUAAUGAAUGAUGCACUGAUCUUGGCCAAACUGAAAGGAUUUGAUGUGUUCAAUGCCUUGGAUCUAAUGGAGAACAAAGCAUUUCUGGAGAAGCUCAAAUUCGGCAUAGGAGAUGGAAACCUACAGUAUUACCUCUACAACUGGAAAUGUCCCUCGAUGGACCCUGAUAAGGUCGGCCUCGUCCUUCAGUAGCAGCUCUUCCAGUUGCUACACUAGCACGCACACACGCGCAACACAGUUGUCAGUGACCUUAGAAAUACUCUGCCUGGACAUGCAGGCCAUCCAUCUCGACAUUUUCGAGAAAUACAGCAUUGAAAGCAGCCUGGUGGUCAUCGGUGGAUUCAUCCAAAUCUGGUGUCAUCAAGAACUUUCUCUGUGCGCCCGGAGGUGAAAAGUCUUUACUUAGUCAUCCUGAAUGUGAAGUCAUGCUAUGCCUGAGAUAUCCGACCCGUACCAAGCUCCUCACCCGCGCUCUCACUGAAAACUCCCCAGUUUGACUUUCGAGAGGAUUACUUUGUGAGUUUGUUUUGUUUUUUUCCGUCCUCAGCAGACGCUUAUUGUGAGAGAUGGGCAUGUCAUGUGAUUUCAAGGAACGAUAAUAAGAAAACAUGAACAAAUAUCAACUUUUUUAAAACUCAUCUUAACUGUAUCACUGCUCCAUGUUUGUUUGUUUUUUCCUUUUUCUACAUGUCAGUGUGGUCAGUCAAAUGUCUGCUAUAGCUGUUUGGUUUUUCCCCCACUUUUUAGCUUCAGAAGGGGCUGCUGACACUUCACUUUUAAACCUGAAAACAAUAUUACCUGGAACAAAAACUGCAAAAACGUAUGAUUAUUUGGUGCAUUUAAUAACAUUGCAAAUUGCAUAUAAAUAAUAGUUAUUUCAGCAUUUAAAGCCAUGCCAUACUCAUUUUUGAGGGCUGAUCUGAUGCAUUUUCUUAUAAGCUACAUGGAAGCCAGUGAGUUUAAUGAAAAUAGAUUUAAAACAGAAGGUAUCGCAUUAAUAAAGCACAAUUUUCUUAAUUCCUAAACAAGCUGAUGAUCAUUAGUUAAGCAUUUUGAUCGGAGUUAGAAAAAGAUUGAACUAUUAAUUUCUCAACAUUUUUCUUUGCAAUUAGUCAUUGUCCAACGAACAUUUCUCCAAUCAAUACAGCAUUGUUUCUUUUUCCAAAGGAGUUGUCAUUAAACAUGGAUUCAGUUUAUUUCACCAUCUGAGACUCACAGAUCACUUGCACAGAAACUCAGAGAUGCUGAAAAAAAAAAGCACAGGAGUUUCUCCAGUAAAGUGUUUGAUUGAUCAAAAGGGAAAAACGUUUUGCAUAUGCUGCAUUCAUCUGCUGUUGCAUUCUCAUUUAACCAACAAAAUGACUCAGUCCAACACUCAAAAGGUUCAAAGGCGUUCAGAAGUUGUUCAGUAGCAGGAGUGUUUCCACAUCCUUCUUUUGUUAACACCUCUGGAUUUUAUUUAUUUUCAUGGUACUGUAUAUUGUGAGACAAUUAAAAAAAAAGGUACUUUUUUUUUUUAGCUAAAUGUGUGAAAGUCGCUAUAUUUGUAAUUGUAGAUUUCAAAAUAUAUUGAGACAUAUUUCUGUCAGUCUAAAAUUGGACUUUUUAAGCUUCCAGAGCGACUUGAGGGCUCUUGCCGUUUGUGCUUGAAUCAACAGGAUGUUCCUUGACUUCACUAUGUUUUGUUCCACCACUUGUUCUAAGGUGGAGCUAGCAGUUUACUAAAGCUGUUCUCAAACAUGUUUGCUGGCUUAGUGUUUCUGUUACUGUGGCUCUGCAGAACUGAAGGCUGCUGUUUUGUUUGUAUUUACAUAGUUUUAUUUAUAUCCCUUUACAAUUUAAAGUACAAACUUGUUUUUUGCUUCAGAAUUGAAAUGUUUUUUUUUGCCAAAAAUGUUGACACUGAAGUCAGAUGAGAAGAAUGAUGCUGGCAUUAUUUGUAAGAUGUUUUUUCUGCAGCUGUUUGAAUGAACUCUUGAGCAUGUGCGUUUUGCUACAAAAUUAAUUUCAGCAAUCGCUUUAGCAGUCAAACGUAUGAGGGACUUUGACCCCAAAUAUCCGCCUUACUUUGAAGUAUUUGUUUUUCUUUUGCAGCUGGGAUGAAGGAGCGAGUUUUUGAUCUGACAGACAUCUUAACUGAACAACAGUAUUUUUAUUAAAAGCCCUUAUAAGCUGUGAUUAAAACUGAAGAACUCGUACCAGCCUCAUUCAAACGUGAACCCAUGCAAAACAAUCCAUUUCAACACAUCCGCUAUACCAGCAUGGAUACCUGAUAAUCUGGUUGAAUAAACUCAUUUGAAAGGAGAA